AAUGAACGAUAUUACUCGGGCCUCAAGAGUGACGCAGCAGGCGCCAGGCGGGGGAGUUGGGGAACUGAAGCGGCGAAGCCCCCUCGCUCUCGCACUCACACAACUCUCUCCUUUUCUAGUCUCUGGACGACGAGUCGUUCUCUCUGUCUCUAUCUCUGUCUAGAAUGGCGAGCACGGCGGAGGAGAAGCCGGAUAUGGAAAUGGUGGUGUACGACAUAGAAGACGACGAGCACGAUUCCAAGGAGACGGUUCUCCAGAAGUACUUCCUUCUGGAAUGGAAGCUCGUCAAGUCCCUCCUACUCGACAUCGUUUCCAAUGGCCGCGUCUCCGAUCCCUCCUCUGUCAACACCAUCCGAUCCAUUUUGGACAAGUAUCAGCAACAGGGUCAACUGCUAGAGCCGUACCUGGAGAGCAUAGUUUGCCCUCUGAUGUUCAUUAUCCGUUCUAAAACAAUUGAACUCGGUGUAGCUUCAGAUGAAAUCCUAGAAGUAAUCAAGCCUAUAUGCAUCAUUAUUUAUUCACUGGUCACAGUUUGCGGAUACAAGGCUGUUAUCAAGUUUUUCCCUCAUCAAGUGUCUGAUUUGGAACUAGCGGUAUCGCUAUUGGAGAAGUGCCAUAGCACAAAUUCGUUGACAGCAUUACGGCAGGAAAGUACAGGAGAGAUGGAGGCUAAAUGUGUAGUACUUUUGUGGCUUUCUAUACUUGUUUUGGUUCCAUUCGAUAUCUCCACUGUUGAUACUAGUAUUGCAAACAACAGUAAUCUGGGGGAACUUGAGCCGGCCCCGCUGGUACUGAGGAUAUUAGGAUUUUGUAAGGAUUACCUUUCAAAUGCUGGCCCCAUGCGCACUAUAGCUGGAUUACUGCUCUCUAAGCUUCUGACGCGCCCAGAUAUGCCGAAGGCCUUUGUCAGCUUUGUUGAAUGGGCACAUGGAGUCCUAUCUUCGGCCACUGAUGAUGUCUUGGAUCACUUCCGGCUACUUGGUGUUGUUGAAGCAUUGGCUUCCAUUUUCAAGGCUGGUGAUCGAAAACUCUUGCUUCAUGUGAUUCCAAUGGUUUGGAAUGACAGCUCAGUAUUGAUCAAGUCCAGUGCUGCAGCUCGGAGUCCUUUACUUCGCAAGUAUCUUGUGAAGUUAACUCAGCGGAUUGGGCUUACUUGCCUCCCGUAUCGGUCAUCUUCUUGGCGCUAUGUGAGCACUUCUAGUUCAUUUGGAGAGAAUAUUUCUGCGCCUGCAUCCAAAAAAGAUGAUCAAGGCAGUCAUGCUUUAAAUGUAGACUCCCCUAACUCAGAACAAAGGUCAAAUUCCAUCCAAGAUGAAGAUAUGGAUGUUCCAGAUGUUGUUGAAGAGAUAAUUGAGAUGUUGCUCUCUGGCUUGAGAGAUACGGACACUGUUGUGCGUUGGUCUGCUGCAAAAGGUAUAGGCCGCAUAACUUCACGCCUAACAUCUGCCCUUUCAGAAGAGGUCCUAUCAUCUGUCUCGGAACUGUUUUCCCCAGGCGAGGGAGAUGGUUCAUGGCAUGGAGGUUGCUUAGCAUUGGCUGAACUGGCACGCAGAGGAUUGCUCUUACCUGUCAGUCUUCCCAAAGUUGUACCUGUUGUCAUUAAGGCACUACAUUAUGAUAUUCGAAGAGGUCCGCAUAGUGUUGGAUCUCAUGUGCGUGAUGCUGCUGCCUAUGUUUGUUGGGCCUUUGGUCGUGCAUAUUAUCACAAAGACAUGAGAAAUGUACUAGAACAAUUUGGUCCACACCUUCUAACUGUGGCUUGCUAUGACCGUGAGGUUAACUGUAGAAGAGCAGCUGCAGCUGCUUUCCAGGAGAAUGUUGGAAGGCAAGGGAAUUACCCACAUGGCAUUGAUAUAGUGAACACUGCUGAUUAUUUUUCACUUUCUUCACGAGUGAACUCGUAUUUACAUGUUGCUGUAGAAAUUGCUCAAUAUGAGGGGUAUCUUUAUCCGUUUGUGGAUGAACUGCUGUAUAACAAGAUCUGUCACUGGGAUAAAGGCUUGAGAGAGCUUGCUGCGGAGGCCCUUUCUGCUCUCGUCAAAUAUGACGCUGAAUAUUUUGCAAAUUCUGUAGUGGAGAAACUAAUUUCUUGUACUCUCUCAUCUGAUUUGUGCAUGCGCCAUGGUGCAACCUUAGCAGCUGGUGAACUUGUGUUGGCUCUACAUCAAUGUGAUUAUAUUCUUUCCUCUGAUACACAACAGCGAAUUGCUGGUGUAGUUCCUGCUAUCGAGAAAGCACGACUUUAUCGUGGAAAGGGUGGAGAGAUAAUGCGCUCAGCUGUUUCCCGGUUUAUCGAAUGCAUCUCUUCAUCUCAUUUGCCAUUAACAGAAAAGAUUAAACGAAGUUUGAUUGAUACUCUGAGUGAUAAUCUGAGACAUCCUAAUUCUCAGAUACAGAGUGCUGCUGUUAGUGCUCUGAAACACUUUGUAAAAGCAUAUCUGCUCGCUGAAGACAUUAGAGGUGUUGGUGAUAUAGUAUCAAAGUACCUUCAAAUGCUGACUGAUCCAAAUGUUGCUCUAAGAAGAGGAUCUGCAUUGGCACUUGGUGUUUUGCCUUAUGAAUUAUUAGCUAAGAGUUGGAAGGCUGUACUUUUGAAGCUUUGUAGCGCCUGUGUUAUUGAGGACAACCCUGAAGAUAGAGAUGCUGAAGCACGGGUAAAUGCUGUCAAAGGACUCGUAUCAGUCUGUGAGACAUUAAUUCAGGGUAGAGAAGAUCUGAAUAUCCAGUCUAGGGUGGAUGACAUGCCUCUUUUUCUUCUAAUUAAGAACGAAGUGAUGAUGAGUUUAUUUAAAGCUCUAGAUGACUAUUCUGUUGAUAACAGAGGUGAUGUGGGUUCUUGGGUUCGUGAAGCUGCUAUGGAUGGCCUGGAGAGAUGUAUCUAUAUCCUAUGUAAGGGAGAUUCCAAUGGUUCUACUAGAAGAUCAGAUGGAAUAGAAUCUGCAUCAGAGCUUUCAAAUUCUGUCGUAGAUAAAAAUAACCAGAUGCAUUCACUUUUUGAUGCAAAUCUUGCUUCCAUCUUCGUUGGAGCAAUUUGUAAGCAAGCUGUAGAGAAGAUGGAUAAGCUGAGAGAAGCAGCAGCAAAGGUUCUUCAAAGGAUUUUGUAUAAUGAAAUAAUUCAUAUUCCAUACAUACCUUACAGGGAAAGGAUAGAAGAAAUUGUCCCUAACGACGCAGGUUUAAAAUGGGGGGUACCCACUGUCUCAUAUCCACGGUUUGUACAGUUACUUCAGUUUGAUUGUUAUAGUAGAUCUGUCCUGUCUGGGUUAGUUACCUCCACUGGUGGAUUGCAAGAUUCUCUGAGGAAGGCAUCAAUCACAGCAUUGUUAGAGUUUCUUCAAUCAGCUAAUACUGAAGGACUUGUUGAGAAAAAUUCCAGAGAAUGUAUGCUAUCUAAGGACAUCCUUUGGGUUCUUCUACAGUACAAAAGAUGUGAUAGAGUGAUUGUACCCACUCUGAAGACGAUCGAGAUUCUAUUCAGCAAAAAGAUACUCUUAAAUAUGGAGGUUCAUACUACAACCUUCUGCACAGGUGUCUUGUCUUCCCUUGCAGUUGAACUGAAGUGGUCAAAGGACUUCUCCAAGUUAUAUGCAGGCAUCGCAAUACUAGGAUAUAUUGCUUCCCUGUUGGAAUCGAUCAACUCUCCGGCCUUCUCUCAGCUUCUCACUUUCCUUGGCCAUCGAUACCCUAAGAUACGGAAAGCUUCUGCCGAACAAGUUUACCUUGUGCUCCUGCAAAAUGGGAAUCUUGUAUCGGAGGACAAUAUGGAGAAAGCACUUGAUAUUAUUUCUGAAACUUGUUGGGAAGGUGAUAUAGAAAUGGCAAAGCACCAAAGAUUAGAAUUGUUCAAUAUGGCUGGUUUGGAAACAGGACUACUUUACAAGAAGACUGAUGGAGUAUCAAACAAGGAUGGCGGUAAGAAGACUCCAGCGGCUGAUGAAAAUGCUUCAUAUUCCUCAUUGGUUGGGUCAGCUGGGUUCUGAUUUUUUUUAUGUCCAAUUUUGCCGUAAACCUUUUAUCUUUUUUGUGGCCCUGUUCAUAUACCAGGACUUUGUGUUUUUAACUUUCUUUUUUGGAAGGCGCUUGCAAAAGAGGUAUCUAUGUAUCUUUUGGAACCAUUAAUCCAUGUUUUACCCAAGCAGCAAAGAAUUGCCUAUUAAAGAUGACCGUUGGCUGCUUAUACCCAGCUGAACAAA